GGACGCAGGGUGGUGUCUCGAGCUACAUAAGGGGCCGUGGGGUCCGCGCUCGCCUCUACGUGGGCAGCAGCCGCUGGCGGGGAACGCGGCGCGAUGUCGGGUCGGUGCCAGCAGAGCCCAGUGCUGGCAGGCAGCGCCACUUUAGCUGCCUUGGGGGCACUGACGCUGUACCUCGCGAAGCCCUCCGGCUACGGGAAGUACACCGAGAGCCUGACGCCCUCGGCUACCCGCCUGCCCGCCGGCGCCGCCUGGUUCCUGCAGGAGCUGCCCGCCUUCGCGGUGCCCGCGGGCAUCCUCGCCUGGCAGCCCUGCUCCCUCUUCGGGUCGCCCGGGACUGUGCUUCUGGGCCUCUUCUGCGCGCAUUACUUCCACAGGACAUUUGUUUACCCAUUGCUCAACAGAGGGAGGCCUUUUCCACUUGUAUUCAUUUUCAGAGGCUUUGUCUUCUGCACGGGAAAUGGAUUCCUUCAAGGCUACUAUCUGAUUUACUGUGCGGAAUACCCUGAUGAGUGGUACACGGACACACGGUUCAGCUUGGGUGUCUUCUUAUUUAUUUUGGGAAUGGGAAUCAACAUUCAUAGUGACUAUAUAUUGCGCCAGCUCAGGAAGCCUGGAGAAACCACCUAUAGGAUUCCACAAGGUGGCUUGUUUACCUACGUUUCUGGAGCCAAUUUCUUUGGUGAGAUCGUUGAAUGGAUGGGCUAUGCCCUGGCCACUUGGUCCCUCCCAGCGCUUGCAUUUGCAUUUUUCUCACUUUGUUUCCUUGGGAUGCGAGCUUUUCACCACCACAGGUUCUACCUCAAGAUGUUUGAGGACUACCCCAAAUCUCGGAAAGCGCUUAUUCCAUUAAUCUUUUAAAGAAACCAAAUAGAAAAGGAGCAAAUCUCCUGUAAUACUGAUGAAAACUGUCAAGCUGCUGAGACUGUAACUUUUGUGGUGUCAUAUUCCAUGAAAUCUCCCAUCUGUAUAUUCGUUAGUUCUCUUGGUGUUCUGCCAGCUGGCCUGGGGAUUCUGAGUGGUGCCUGCUUAGUUUACUCCCACUCUUCCAGGGGUCCCCAUCCCCAUCUCCUGUUGAACCUUUCCCAGAUGGAGAUGUUUGCUUCUUAGCUAUUCCUCUUAGAAAGUGUAAAACUUCCCCUAAGUAUUUUUUUCUUUGGUUAAUCCAAGUAAAGGUGGCUUUAUACUUAUGCUCUAUUCAUGUGGCACAGCUCUGUAAUCAAGAAUGUUUUGAAUUGGGGGUGAUGCUUCUAGAACUUAUUAAAGGUACACAUUUUGUACCUGGCCAGAGUAGCAGAAACUUUGAAGCCACAUAGACUCAGAGCAAACCCAUUCCUAAAAGAAAAUACACUCAGUUCUUCCUUUUUUGUAAAUUAGGAAAGAUAUGAAAUUAUUAAGCACACCUUUCUUUAAUAAGGAUCCCUUUUCUCAUACUGCAAAAUGUAAAUGCAUUAAUUCCAUUUUGUAUAUGUGCUGUGUCUUAGUUGAAGAGUACCUCUGUCUUCCAGAAGAUUUACAGUCCCCAUUGGAGAUAUAUUAGCCUAACCCAGAACACUGGUAUGGGUUUUCUUGAGGGCCAGGUUUUAAUGACCACAAAGAAAAAGACAUGACCCUGGAUGGCUCCCGAGAGAGUGAAAAAGUGUUUUACAAUAGACAUUGCAAACUCUGAUGUUCUUGGAAGCUGGUGGGCAUAUCCAAAUAAUGAGAGAGUGUCGAGUAAGGAAAAUUCACGAUUCAGGUCACAUGCUGCUUAUCUUGACAAGACGUCUACAGCGAUGUGGAGUACAUCAGAAGCACCGAGCAGCUUUCCUCUUCUGGAAUUUCUCCAUCACAGUCCUCAGGACCUGUUUAAGAAGCUGUCUCCUGGGGGUGGCCUAAACAUCAGCCCUCCAUGGUCCUGAGGGCAGAGGCUGAAGAUUGUAGGCCGGGGACACAUCUGGGCAGAAAACCUGUUUUGUUUGGCUCGAACACAUAGUUUGAUUUUUUUCUUUACAUUCGAAGUUUCCAAAAUUUAAAAAUUAGGAGGUUUCUAUGUAAAACUCUGGCAUUCUGGUUUCAUUUAAAAAGCUGGAGUCUCUGGGCUCACAGGGCCUGUGUUCCCACAUGAGGCGUGGGACUAAGUCUCCAGAGAGCAUUUGAGUUUGCAGCCUCUUGGGAGGGGGUCACCCUUGUGUGGGUGCUGAGAUACCGGACUCUCUGAGGAAGGGGAUGAACACUUGUAAUCAGCAUUCAUGUAAAUAUCUGUUUCCUCAGGCCUAGGUGUGUGGAAGCAUUGGCAGUAUUUGGUAAACUCCGUCAGAUGUGGUGCUAAGUACAGAAACUCACUAUGUAAGUACACAGGAAACUUGAAAGGUGUGAGAAUGGCGUACAUUACUAAAACAAUACAAAUUGUAAUCAUAUAAAUAAAUGUUUUUGCUGUUCAUUAAAUGUCUUUCAAAUCAUGGAUGUUAAGUAAUUUUGUUUGAAUUAAAAGGUUCUGGGACUUGUGGA